GAAGCAAGAGCUGUCUCUCCCCUGGCUCCCACUGCUCCUGGAGAAGAAGCCAAAGAGGAGCAAACUGAGGGUCAUGAGCGCCAGCCUCCAUCAGUGGUGACACCGGAAAACUCAGAUCUUGUGCUUCUAGAGAAAGAGCAGGAGCAGACUGCCUUAUCUGAGAUGCCAUGGCAGACUCAGGGAGAGCUGUUCCCAGCCCGAGAGCAGGAAGAGCAGCUCAGGCAGCAGGUGGAAGAGCCACAGGAGAAUGGCCAGAACAUCAAGGCAGAGCCACAAGCAGAGCUGCCCGAAGCUCAGAGUGCCAUCAUGGCAGUGAAGAGCAGGAACAAGGAAGACAUGAGAAGAAUACAAGAGGAGAAUCUCAAUCAGCAGAGGGGCGAUCAACAAAACCAGGUGAGUGAAAGAGUGGCAGCCACUCCACUCAUGAAACAUCCUCUCACUUGUUUUUUAGAGAACAUGAAGGAACAGCUGAACGCAGAGCUUCAGAUAGCUCACGCUAGGAUCAAGGCAUGGGAGAAGAGGCUUGAGGAAGAAAUGAAAAUUAUCAGAGAGAAAGCUAAUCGCCUCCCUCAGGCUCUAGAAAAGCAAGUGCAAGUGUUGACAUCUUACCGGGCAGUCUGCGAAGACUUCCAGCGAAUUUCUGGCAAUGAAGAGCCCCAAGUUAGGAGUGAGGCACAGAUCUACACAGGCUCUGUCACCAAACCUGCUGCAGCAGCAGCAGCAGCAUUGUCUAAAGGAGCCUUUGCUCCCCAACCUGAGAAGUGGAGCCGGGGAAGUUUGUUCACCUCCCGCACUGACCCAGCUGCUGCUCAGCAACAGGAGAUCGAGGGUGACUCCCUGGAGCUGCUGAGGAAAUUGGUGAACCCCACUGAAAAUCCCCUGAUGAAAUACACUGAGCUGGAACAUAUUGGCAGCGGGACUUUUGGAGAUGUUUGCAGAGCACUUAUCAAUGCCACAGGAAGAGAGCUGGCCAUAAAGAAAAUACAUCUUCAAGGACUGAGGAAGAAGGAACUAAAAGUCAAUGAACUCAUGGUCAUGAAAAUGAGUAGGAAUCUCAACCUGGUCAACUAUUUAGACAGCUACCUUGUGGGUGAGGAACUCUGGCUGGUUAUGGAGUACAUGGAUGGAGGCACUCUGAGUGAUGUCAUCAGCAAGACCUACCUGUCUGAAGAUGAGACAGCAGCCAUCAGUCGGGAGUGCCUGCAAGGACUGGAUUUUCUUCAUUCAAACAAUGUGAUCCACCAAGAUGUGAAGAGCAGCAAGAUCCUUCUCAAAACCGACGGCUCUGUCAAGCUGGCUGAUUUUGGCCUCUUUACUCAGCUCACCCCUGAGCAGGGCAGACGGAGCUCCGUGGCCCGCACUUCUGGGUGGCUGGCGCCUGAAGUGGUGACAGGUCAACCAUUUGGCCCCAAAGUGGACAUAUGGUCUUUGGGAAUCGUGGGCAUCGAAAUGGUGGAACGAGAAGUUCCUUACUGGAAUGCAACUCCUGUCUUGGUUAAACUCAUGAUAGCCAGGGGAGAGAGACCACAGCUGCGGCAGCCCAACCGAUUCUCGCCUUGCCUGCGUGACUUCCUGAGCUGCUGCCUGCAGACAGACCAGGAGCGGCGCUGGUCUGCCAAGGAGCUCCUGCAGCAUCCAUUUGUAACUUCAGCCAAGCCAGUGUCCACCCUGGUACCACUCAUCAACUCAGUAAUGAAGAAGAAGAAGAAGGAGACAAGAAUGUAAAAAUCAAGAUGUUAUCUUCCUAACUAACUUAGAGUAGGAUUGUAGAGUAGGACUCUAGAGUAGGAUUGUUGAGUAGUUUUGUAGUACAGGUUUAUAGAGUAGUAUUGUUAUUAAAUAAAGUUUCUGAAACAAUAA